AUGGAAGAGACAGAAGCAGGAGACAAUUUGAUUCCAGCUCGCCGCUGGAUCCGUGGACAUUACACGAAAUUGACGAGUAACGAAGCAAGAUGCAAUCAUUGUAACGAAAAAUUGAGUAUACAUCUAAACAGCUUACAUACUUUACAUAAACACCUGAUUGAGGCACAUCCAGACAAAUUAGCGGAAGAAGAAAAGAAUGAAGUGAAAUUCCAUUGGGUUUGGGACUAUUACGUAAAAAACAGUACAGAAGCAACAUGUAAACAAUGUAAAGCAACAGUGAGAUACAAGAAAGUAUAUGAUUUAAAACGACAUUUAAAAAGAAAGCACGGGAUAUUAGGUCCAACUUCAGAUAACGUAAUAGAUAACGAAAGCAGUUCAGAUGAUGACAUGAAUGCAAACAAGGAUAUAACUCUCAGAAAAGAUUUCGUCCCAGUUCGGCUCUGGAUACGUGGACAUUACACUAGAUUGACAAGGAAUAACGAAGCACUAUGCAUUCAUUGUAAUAGAAUAUUCAUUAUAUUAAUACACCGUUUAUCUAUCUUACAUAAGCACUUGGUAGAGUCACACCCAGACAAAUUAGCAGAAGAAGAGAAAAAUGAAGUGAAAUUCCAUUGGGCUUGGGACUAUUAUAGCGUAAAAAGCAGUACAGAAGCAACAUGUAAACAAUGUAAAAUAACAAUUAGAUACAUGGAAGAUUAUGAUUUGAAAGGACAUUUGAAAAUAAAGCACGAGAUAUUCGGUCCCGGUUCAGAUAAUCACAUGGAUAACGAGAACAAUUCCAGUAAUUAUGUGGAUGCAGACAGGAAUACGACUAUAAAGAAAGCAAAAUAUCAAGAAGACUUAUCUAACUUAAAAUCUGGUACUUUCAUGUACCAAUUUACAUGA